AAUGCGAGGCGUUAUCUGUUAAUAGUGACAUUGGCCCGUCAAGAAGUUCAGUCUGUUGAUCUUGUGGAACACGAACCUGACUGGCAAUCAACUAGAAAGAAACCGGACCAACAGAAUCGAGGAACUUGAGGGCCGAUUUCUUGCUGAGAACAAUGCCACUGUGGAAAAUGAGAAGUAAUCGAUCAUGGGAUUCAAGGAGCACUACAGCGUGCUCAAAACCAUGGUCAAACUGCAGUUCUCUGAGAACGCUGACUACCAAACUGUGGCUUGCCUGAUGUUAACUUGGUCGAUUUGAGUCAGCCAAAGGAAGGCAAAGGUUUUUCCUUAUGGAUCAACAGUCUGAUGAAGUUUGAUGAAGGGGGGAAAAGCUCGAGCUCUCCAUCUGACCAUACUUUUUGGCAUUAUUCCGUUUGCCCCUCUCUCUCCGUCUCUCCAGCAAUGACACAGAUGGGCAGAUUUUCAACAUCGGCAGCCUGAAGUCAGGUCUUCCUCGACCAACAUCUGCAAUGUACGUGCUUCCUGAUCAGUUAUCAUGUUCGGCACAUCAUGUAUGACUGUGACACGCGGAUGUGUUGAACUCUUGCAUUUCAUUGCGAAUCACGAAUGCUUCUUUUGUACAUUCGCGGGUUCUGUUGCAAAGAGCACGAACGGAAAAAUAAAGAAGUGAAAAUCCGAGUUGAAUAAGCAUUUUUCCUGAAUGGAGCUCAGCUCAGACAUCUGGGCUUGUUUCAGUUGAUCCAACUUUCUGCUGGUUCAAACUCACAUUUUGAGCACCCCCCUUUUUUGCUACAGCAUUCUUGAACUGAUUUUCCACUCGUUCUUUCUGCUUAGGACAGGAAUUUCAGGUAACUCCAGUCAUUUAUUGCUUGGUUACCAUUUCAUUCAGCAUUUGCAGUUGUGCGUUGUGUUUUUCUAAUCGAAAGAUGGACAAGAAUCUCGACUCAUGUGAACUAUAGUUAUGCUCAAAUGUCCUUUCUUGCAAGUGCUAGGUUGCCAAAUACAUAACCGGGUGUCAUCCGUUUGAUGACCGGAAUUUUGCUGAAUCUUGGAGGCCUGCUGAAUUUAUUUACAGAAUCUGUUGAUUCACCCCCGCUCGUGGUUUGUUGGGUUGGUAUAUGCAAAAAGCUAUGAACUGGUAUUCUAGCAAAACUAGUAUGGAUAGCUCAUCUGAAACUGCAAGCACUUUCAAUGCUCCUCCUGAAUUUACAAGUCUAACUGGCUUAAACAAUGGCACGACUAGUGAUCAGCACUUUCUCCUGUUUUUCAUUAUGGGAACCUACUUUGGGCCAGACCUAAAAUCUGAGAGACCUAGAAAAUCAGCUCUACAGAGGAUAGCUGAAGGUCUUCCUUCUUACACAUCCAGUCAAUUGGAGGGCUCAUCUCUUAAAGCAACUGAAUUGGUCAGUGUGUACUAUUAUGUCCUGAGAAAUGCAGAUCCAUCUGCCAGAGUGAAGGUCCAGUUGGUUUACAAAUUUUUUCGUGGACAUCUCCCUCCUCCAGAAGAUGAUCCUGCAGGAGUUCACCAUCAAUUUCCUGCCAUUUUCCCACUCCAUUUACACAGGCAGACCCGUCCUGGAGGAUAUAAAGUUAUUGAAAAUAUUGUAUUUAUCAACAAUCCAGACAUUUCUUACGUGAGACCAGAGGAAAUGAACAGAUUCAGAAGACUAACUGGGAUAGAAGAUUUGAUGCUGGACAGAGAUGCUGCCAGGGCUUAUAGUACUAUGCUGCGUAUGGAUGGACUUGAGGAGACACAGGAACAUCCCGAGUCCAAUGGAAGACUUCCUUUAAGAAGAUCCUUGCGUAAUUCUCGUAAAAGAAGGCGUGCAGGUGAUCAUGUUAAGAAUGGAAUUCCUCAGUCACAAAAUUUAUCUAGAGAGAGUCACAUGGUACCUUUGCCUGUGCGAGAGAAGCGAGAUUCAGUGGAGAAAGUUGGACCAGCAAUGCUAUUUCUUCCUUCACACCCUACCAUUGAGGAGUGGGACAAGAUUGUAUCUGCUUCCAAGGGUGGCAUUGCAUUGACUGGAAGUGUAGCAUCAGUUCGAGCUGGACCACUUAUAGGGCUUGUUGAUAUAGGUGCAUCUGAAGAUGCUUAUCUGUUCCGGAUAUCACUGCCCGGUGUCAAAAAAGAUGAGCGGGAAUUCAGCUGUGAAGUGGAGUCCGAUGGCAGGGUGCUAAUAAGAGGCGUAACAACAACAGGUGAAAAGCGAGUGCUUAGACACUCCCAUGUCUUUGAGAUGAGAACACAACGCCUCUGUGCGUCAGGACCAUUCACAGUCUCAUUUCAAUUGCCUGGUCCUGUUGAACCUCGACAAUUUUCAGGUAACUUCGGGGCCGAUGGAAUCCUUGAGGGGAUUGUAAUGAAAGACAGAAGAUGAAAGUUCAGACGCAUGCACGUUUCAGAUUCCUAGCUUUCUGUGUUAAUCUGUUGAGACUUUGCCUCAAUCAUGUUGUAAUUUUUCUCUUCAAAUUGGUCAUAUAUGUAAGCCUCUGUCUCUGGUUUCACUCCAAUUCAACGUGACAUUUCUCCA